AUGAAGCGACAAUGCAUGCUGUACUUCCCUGCAACUUCUCAAGACGGGCUUUCACGACUUUACAAACUGCAGCAUGCCUCGAAGUCGAAUCAUAUGUUGAAAAAAUUUCUUCAAUCAGUGCACCGGACGCUGCGAAAAGAUGUGACGGAGUUUGUGUACCCCUCGGAGAGAGCAAGGUUGGGAGACUGCGACAUCGACUUGUUCUUGCUUGCCAAACAACAGCAACGUCACCCAUACGGCCCCAUACAAAUGAUUUUGACUCUCAGCAUUCAAUUGGCCGAACUUGUGCUUCGGAUGACCUCCGACGAGAUCGAUGGCGUGUUGGCCGCCGGAGCGGGUAUCGGGCUGCUGAGCGGAGCCCUAUCCGCCGUAGUUCAUGAUUCAUGGGACGUUGUGCAGCUGUCACAAUACAUUGUCAGUCUAGCCUUCAGAUUUGGUAUCGAAUUGGAGCGUCGAGGCCGCAAUAUCGACUGUUCAGAGUCCGCUUGGGAACCCCAUGUCAUGGUGAUAGAAUCCUUGAGCCAACUCGAGUCCGAACUCAACCGUGUCAACCUCGCCACUCCGGUACAUUUGCGCGCGUACGCCGGCAUCAUUUCUGUAUCCAAUAAGACAGCAACUCUGUUCGGGCCGCCAAGUACUCUCGCCAAGUUUAAGGACCCAGAUGAGCUCAAGUCAACUUGCUUAUACGGUCCCGCCACUAUGUUCGCCCCACACCUGCAACCACUCGACGUUGUGGCAAUACUACAAUCUAUCCCUACGUCGAACUGCACAAGAUCGAUCCUUCGACCGGUAGUCUCCCCUACCGACGGCAAACCCUACGAAGCCAGUAAUUUCCAAGACCUGUUGAUCCAAGUACUCAACGAUAUUGCAGGUCGUCGUGUUGAUAUGGACUGUCUGACAGCAGGCAUAGUUGCGCAAAGAGGAGCAGAGUCUGCUGAUCUGGUUCUAUUUGGAAGUGAUCCAGAUGCACGCGAAGUAGCCAACGCGGUAUCGCUGAUUGGCCUCCCCAUUCAAACAGUCAAUAGGACGCAUAUCAGCAGCCUCAACCAGCCCACUGACGAUGCAGUCGCCGUGAUUGGCAUGGCUGGUCGUUUUCCCGAGAGUGACAAUGUCGAGGAGCUUUGGUCACUGCUAGAGAGUGGAACAUCGACGGCGAAGAAAAUCCCUCCUUCCCGAUUCUUGCCGAACGAGGAGACGGCCUGGGAUUAUACUGGUCACUUCAUCAAACGCCCUGGCGUAUUUGAUCAUGCCCUGUUUGCCAUUAGCCCUGUUGAGGCUAUGCAGAUGGACCCCAUACAACGAAUGGCAUUGCUGACUACCUACGAGGCCCUAGAAAUGGCUGGCUACUCUGGUUGUGACGCAGAAUUUGGGCCGGAUCCAUCGCGCGUAGCAGUCUUCUUUGGUCAGACUACAGACGACUGGAAGUCCAUCAAUCAGCAGCGAGGCAUCGAUAUGCACUACUUGCCUGGGUUAAACCGCAGUUUCACUCCAGGACGCAUUAGCCGGUAUUUUGGAUGGAGCGGCGGCUUUUAUAGUAUUGACACUGGCUGCUCCUCCAGUGCUACAUGUCUAUGCUUGGCCCGCGAUGCUCUCUUAUCGGGUCAGAUUGACAUGGCUAUAGUAGGUGGAGGUAACCUGCUCAACACACCCGAGUGGUACCAGGGUUUGGGCAAAGGAGGAUUUCUUUCCGCGACUGGGGCUUGCAAGACUUUUGCGGAAAGCGCUGAUGGAUACUGUCGAGGCGAAGCUGUCGGUGUCGUUGUCCUCAAACGGCAGGAGGAUGCGCUCCGAGCCAAAGACAAUAUUCUCGCAUCGAUCACCAGUGCCUCACGAAACGCGAAUGCGCGUACAAGCGCAUCAUUGACGGCACCUUCACAGAAGGCGCAAGAAGUUCUUUACGGGCAUGUACUACGAGAGACUGGCAUCUGCCCGUCCGAAGUCGAUUACGUCGAGAUGCAUGGGACCGGGACGCAGUUGGGAGAUAGUAUCGAAAUGGCAGCUGUAGCAAAUGUCCUUGCAGAGGGCCACGACCCUCAGCAUCCUCUCAUUGUAGGCGCGGUCAAGGCUAGUAUUGGUCACUCUGAAGCAGCCGCAGGUGUCGUUUCACUCAUCAAGGCUGUGCUGGUGCUUCAGAAAAAUAAGGUACCACCCCAACCUGGCUGGCCUUUUGCUUUGAAUGCAAAGUUCCACGACAUACUUGGACAGAGGAUCGCUAUUGCGAACGGCCAAGACUUUUCACGAAAUCGCCGCACUCUUAUCGUCAACUCGUUUGAUGCAGCCGGGGGGAAUGUAUCCAUGGUUGUGCAAGAUGCACUCCCAUCUUCAUAUCGAGCUUUCUGCAACAACUCUGCCGCUCCGCGGACGCCGUCACACCAAGUGGUUGUCAUAUCUGGGCACUCGAAGACCUCUUUCGAGAAUUUCCAAGCCCGUCUCCUUGACAAAUUAGCCAGUCAAUCCAACAUCGACUUGCCAAGCUUGGCCUAUUCGACGACCGCUCGACGGAUGCCUAAAAAAUAUCGCCGAUCUUUGGUGGUUGCUUCGAUUGCGGAGCUUGCAGAGAAACUAUCUGCGCCCUGUUGUCUCCAUUCGCCGAUCGACCGCGUCCAGCCAAAUAUGCUCUUCACGUUUACUGGACAAGGUGCACAAUAUGCUGGUAUGGGUGCAACCCUUUACCAAACAUUGCCAUACUUUCGUCAGCUACUGGAUUCCUAUGAGCAACAUUGCCAAAGUUAUGGACUCGGCUUCUUGAACCUCAUUACUCAGGCCGAGGAUGCCACUUUAGCGAGCGGUCAGUUCCAAGUGGCCAUCGCAGCUCUAGAAAUGGCAUUGGCAUCAUAUUUAAUGUCACUCGGACUUCAACCCGACUUCGUCAUAGGCCAUAGCAUUGGUGAAUAUGCCGCUCUAUUUGUCGCGGGUGUUCUAUCGGCAUACGAUGUUCUCUGGUUACUCCACCACCGCGCACGUCUACUCGAGCAGACAAACGAGGCUGGCACCCAUGGUAUGCUUUCUGUCAAUUUGCCGGCAUUGACGAUACAGAAGCAAUGGGGUGAAGAGUGCGAGAUCUCGUGCUAUAACACUCCAAAUCUCACUGUCGUCAGUGCUCCGAUGGCUCACAUUCUGGAUCUGGAAGCAAAGAUGAAGAACAGCGGGACUCGAGUCUCUCGGUUGAAUGUAGACUUUGCUUUCCAUUCCAGCAAGAUGGAUCCUAUUUGUGCCUCAUUUAGCGCGUUGGCGGAGCAGGUGUCUUUCCAACCCCCCAGGAUACCCGUGGCGUCCACCGUUCUCGGGAGGAUUGUUAAUCCGGGCGAAGCUAUUUUUGAUGCCUGUUACCUAGCGCGUCAUACAAGGCAAGCAGUUGAGUUCGUUGCAGCAACCCAGGCCUGCGAGGACAACGGCCUGAUCACAGAUGACACCGUCAUUGUCGAGAUCGGCCCGCAUCCGACCAGCAUCGGACUAUUGCAAGCCAGCCUCCGAGCGGCAAGACCAACAGCUGUCGCAACUCUCCAGCGCGGAAAGAUCGACUGGUAUGGCAUUUCUACUUGUCUCGCAGUCGCUCAUGAUGCUGGGAAGAAGGUAGCGUGGAACGAAUUUCACAAGCCCUAUUUAGCUCAUCUUGAGCCUCUCAGUUUACCGCAAACCUCAUUCGAUUACCGAGAGUUUUGGGAGCCGUUUCGCAAGACUAGCCCACAACCUACAACGGCGUCGUCGACGAAUUUAUUAUCAUCCACUCUUCAUCGGUUGCACUCCUUGUCAGAUGAAGGGUCCCAAACCUUAGCGGUGUUCUACUCGAGUCUUUCCGAAGCAGGUCUAUUCGAGGGUAUUAAUGGUCAUGUGGUCGACGGAAGUAGAAUCUGUCCUGCAAGCGUGUUCAUGGACAUAAUGAUGUCAGCCGCUACAUAUCUAAUGCAUGGGAAUUUGACCAAAUCGGUAACGGGCAUAGAAUUGACUGAGCUCAACAUGACCAGCCCAUUGGCCAUGGAACCCCAAGACAAGCACCAGCAAAUCCGCAUUGAAGCAAGGCUUGACAGGGGGAGUAAACAAGUCUCUGUGAAUAUUCUCGCAGCCGAAGGCGACGCUCCUCUGACUUAUGCCACUGGUCAGAUAGCGGCUGCGACAGCAGGAGAGCGGCAAGAAUGGUCCACGGAAUGGACCAAGAUCUGGCGCCUCGUAGAGUACCGGUCCCGCGAGAUUGAAUCGAUGGCAUUCUCGGAGAAGUGCAUGUUGAAUCAGAAAUUGUUCUACCACAUGUUUGCUGAGAUUGUCAACUAUGGCAAUUCAUACAGAACAAUUCGAGAGGCUUCGAUAGCAGGACACUUCUGUGACGCUGUUGCGACAUUUCAGUUCGAGAGCUGUCCUACCGACGCGUAUGCAUGCAAUCCAUUCAUGGUUGACAGUAUGGUUCAUUUGGUGGGUUUCUUGCUUAAUGCCAAACCAAGCAAACAAAGACAUUUGGUGUAUAUAUCAAAUCACAUCAAGAGCUUGCGAUUGCAUGGGGAAUUGUCACCCAACCGAGAAUACCGAAUAUACGCCUCCAUCAGAGAGUAUAUCGAGGGUGGCAUCUUUAUAUGCGAUGCGUAUGUUUUUGACGAUCCUUCUAUGUUACUCUUGUCAUGCGAAGGAAUUCGGUUUCAGCAUGUAGACAGGGCCUUAUUUAAGGCACUCACAACGCGAGUCCCGAGUCAAUCAAACGACCCGGAAGUAGCGGCCAGAGACAGUGGAUAUUGUUCCUCGAACUCACUUACACGAUCACCCAACUCGAACUCAUGCAAAGACGAGAACCCCAUUGACAUCAUCCACUCGACCAUCUCGGCCGCGACUGGACUGUCUGUUCGAGAGAUUCAUGGAGGAAAGACUUUUGGAGACCUUGGAAUCGAUUCUCAGCUAAGUAUAUCUAUCAUGGCCAGUUUGAAGAGAACUACCGGCAUCGAGCUUGCUGCAUCCCUCUUUGCGCCCACAUCGAGCAUCCUUGAUGUGCAGCGAGAGCUGGAAGUCUUGCUCCCAACUUUGGCAUCUGCAACAGAAAGAGUACGCGAAGAGAAUAAAGAUGUGCAAGCUUCCUCCCUGGAACUUGACAAUAUUCAAAAUGUCUCCAACUGUGCCGUACUCUUGCGUAUCGUGGCGUGCGCGCUCGGUAUUGAGACGGACGAGUUGCACGAUUCCAGCACGUGGCAAUCUCUUGGCCUAGACUCCAUGCAAAGUAUUCAAAUUCUCUCAGUUUUUCGAAAGCAGACUGGUAUCGAGCUCCCCGCAGCCUUUUUCUUCGAGCAUCCGAAAGUCGGCGAUGUCCGCCGACAACUGGGAUCAUGCGAAGACAAAGAGCAACAGUCAUCACCGUCAUGUCUGCCAGACCCAGCGCCACUCACCCAGGAGGAUAGUGGUCCAACCUCUCGAGCGAUUCUUCUCCAAGGCUCUGCGCAAUCGCAAGACCCCCCUCUGUUUCUUCUAACAGAUGGAUCGGGUACGGUUGAGGCCUACGUUCAUCUCGACAAGCUACCCAAUGGACGUCGGACCUAUGGUCUAGAAUCACCAUUCGUUAACAAUCCGCUCGACUAUACUAUGACUAUCUCACAAGUGGCUAAAGUGUUUAUCAAAACAAUCCGUUCUAUUCAGCCUCACGGGCCAUAUUUCGUCGGUGGAUGGUCUGUAGGCGGCAAGUAUGCCUACGAGGUAUCGCGACAGCUCUCACUCGCAAAUGAGGAGAUUGCUCUCCUGCUCAUCAUAGACACAAGACCACCCCGACCACGCCCACUCAAUAUCGUCGUCGGUUUUGGCACUCUCGAUGACAUCGGAAUGACAACGGCUCGCGGAAAGAAUUUGGCAGACGAUUUUACAGAGCGCGAACGCGACCAUUUGUACGCCUCCUGUCGUGUCCAAUCUCGUGAACAGACGCGGGCCUUCGCAGAAGAUCAGAGCCACCCGUGGAUCUGUGCCAUAUGCUGGGCAACCAAAGGUCUGAACGAACAACCGGAUCCCAACCGCCAUCGGCUAGAGGUCACACGUAAAGCAGCUAUGGGUAACGUUGAGCAGGAAGAAGAAGCAGUUGCCAAAGGCGGUAUCGAUGCAUUACGAAUGAUAUACAAAAGCUGGCUCUUCGGCAAGAGAGAAGACUUUGGCACAAAUGGGUGGGAAAGGUGGGUGGGCAGCCGAGCUGGUAUAGUUGUGGAGACAGUCGAAGCCGACCAUUUCAGUAUGGUAGCUCGACCUGACGUUGCUCAGCUAAGUCGGAUCAUUAUCCGAUUAAUCACUAAGGCUGCUGCGAAAUAUAUGAAGAAUUAG